AUGAUUUACCCACGAAUUCGACAGAAAGGUGCAAGUUUAGUAGUUCUCAGUUGGACUUGUCUGGCUGUAUUGUGUGCCGCGUCCACAGCCCCUUGCGACAAAACUCGUAGAAUUUUUACGGACCCUAGCGGAAUAAUUACCGAUGGCCCGAGUAAUUCAAACUACACACAAGAUUCACAUUGCGAAUGGCUAAUUAAGGCAGCUAAUAAAUCUCAAUACAUAACUUUAAGCUUUAUCCGUAUGGGCACAGAAUGUUCCUACGAUUAUGUUUUUGUUUAUGAUGGUGAUUCGUUUGAUGCCCCACUACUCGGCAGUUUUAGUGGGAAAACUGAGCCCCAAAAUGUUACGGCAUCCAGUGGUUAUAUGUUAAUUUUAUUAUACAGUGAUACAAAUUAUGUCCUUGAUGGAUUCAGAGCAACUUAUGCGAUUCAUAAUUGUCCAAAUAACUGUACUGGUAGAGGAGUAUGUGUGCCAAAUAAAUGCUUUUGUGUGGGUACCUGGGGUGGUCCAGAUUGCAGCAUUGAGUUAUGUCCAAAUGGUUGUUCAGGAAAUGGUCAGUGUAAAGGGGACAGAUGCAUAUGCAAAAAAGGGUUCUCUGGAGAGUCUUGUUCUCUAAAAAAUAAUGACAAAGACGGCAACAGUUGGCACUGGCUCUCACACACGGAAAGUGGUAUGACCAAAAGGGCUGCACACACAGCAGUCUAUGUCAAUCACACAAACUCUCUAUAUGUGUUUGGAGGAUAUGAUCUUAAUAGAGUUCUAGGAGUAUUAGAAGUGUACAAAUUUUCUACUAGUCAAUGGUACGAUGAAAACGGAAAAGUUUUACGCCGAUAUCCUACUAAUGAAGAAAUUGAUAAGUCACUAUUGACUUUAUUUACAAAGGGAAAUAUUGAUGGUAGCUGGCAAAUAGGAAACAGGAGUUCAUUAUUCAAUUUACUUUUAACGUCUUUUUCACACAAUGACAAAACAGCGUUACCUCUCAUGUACACCCAUCCGCCUAUACCAUAUUCUGAGAGUUACCUCCAGUUUACUGACAGACCAGAGUUCAUCACUAAGACAUCUAACAGUACUAAACCUGAACCGAGGUACGGACACUCGGCGUGUGCGUUCGGAAAGGGGUUCAUUUUGUAUGGGGGAAAAUUGUCUGACGGGAGUCUGUCUUCAGAGUUAUGGUAUUACGACGCCAUAGAUAAUGUAUGGACUCUGAGGGCGGUCAACUCCAGUUUCACACCGCCGGGUCUCACUCGACAUACACUUACGGCUGUGAAGGACGAAUUAUAUGUUUUUGGUGGGAGUACGGUCGAUGGAGAAUUCUCUUCCAGUUUGUACAAAAUUAAAUUAGGCGAAGCAAGCUCAGAAUCGUGGGAGAGAGUGCAAGUGCGUGGUGGAAAAGAGUUGGAUGUUCGUGUUGUAGCUCACACGGCUGUGUACCAUGAAUCUUCUAAUUCUAUAUUAAUCUAUGGCGGAGUCGUCGCCAGUGUUGCUAGAUUUUCAAAGCUGUCAGAUCGAAUGUUCACAUUUGAUUUGGACCAUCGGCACUGGAGUGAAAUACAUUAUCCUCGGGCUCACUUACGCGAAACUUACGUACCUCGCGAAAGAGCUUUUCACACAGCUACUGUUAUAGGAAACUACUUAGUUGUCUUUGGAGGUUAUUCUCACCGCCAUAACAGGGAAGAAAUAUGUUACGAUGGACAAAUGUAUCUUUACCACCUUGGAUGUCAUGCGUGGAUCCCUCUCGAUGUGUUAGGAAGAACGCGUAAAUUGUACCCAAAGAAGCAGGGUGUAUUUGCGCAUGCGGCGGCAUUGAAGCCUCCCUCUACAUUGCUCAUAGUUGGGGGAUACCACGGAAAUGUCAAUGGCGACUUGCUUGCGUAUGUGGUACCCAGUUGGCACGCAGGGAUUACAAGCAAGGACCCUGAGUCAGCCUGCCCCAGGCAUCGAACUCAACCCGAAUGUCUGGCAGAUCCAGAAUGUGGUUGGUGUUCGGCUGAUGAUAUUUGCUACGGACGCACAAUCGGUUCGAAUUGCACAACGAACCUACAAUCCAUCCGCUGUGGUGGUAUUUGUCCAGCCCUUGGUGACUGUCAGUCCUGCCUAAUCCAUGGUCCACCUUUAGGAACGAACAGCACUCGAAAACCUGUGUCUUCAGUGAGCACUAAAUUAGGGUUAUACCAGUGCAGUUGGUGUGUGCAGAACGCUCGCUGUCAUCAUAAAGACGAUAAUUACGGCGUUUGCGGUGAAGACACACCGUCAGAGUACCCUGGUUGGUGGGGAACCACGGGGACAGAAGUCACAAGCCCGGAAGAAUGCAAAAUGUUGGAUAAGAGACCGGGGCUCACAUUCUUAAGAUACCAGCAACCGGCAGAUUUGAAUCAUCCGGAUGCAGUAGCCGUCGUCAAUGCUACCACUGUGGAUUGGGGGGCAGGGGGAGGUAGCAAUAACAUUAUCACUGGGACUAGUGAAACUCGUCUCAAGGGAUGGUUACAUAUACCGCAAUAUUGGAAUGGCACCGGGGAAUCACUGCACGUGUGUGCCGGCCACGCGAACCUCACUUUAUUACUGGGCGAGAAACCAGAUCCGGUAGCGAAUGUAACCGGAUAUCCUUCGAUCUGUGCUCCCGUCGAUUGGCCCCUGUUGCUACCCGGCCGCCUCUCGGUAGAUAUGCAAGCUAAUGAUUCUCUUCACACCGGCCUCUACCCCUCCCAUUACCAUGCCAAAAUGGAAUUGCUUCAUAAUAAAUCACAGGAGAGUACGAAGGUAUUUACAUUCGAGUUUCUCGAACCCUACUCUGAUGGAAAAUGCUCAAACUACGACAAUUGUCUGUUAUGUCUCUCUGACGCCGCUUGCGGGUGGUGUGAGCUCACGAAUCGAUGCGAAUCUAGAUCACUAGAUGAAGAAACAACUUGCACUCUCGAUGGCGAGUGGAGAUUCUUGACGUUACAACCAUCGGCGUGUCCAAAUUGCUCAAACUAUAUUAGCUGUGAGCGCUGCGUAUCUGGUAACUAUUGCGAAUGGUGGGCUGACGAAGCGAGGUGUGCAAGGCGCGGGAGAGCCAGCGGAGCCAUAGUGGAUGCUUCUGAGUGUCCCGCUCCUUGUCGCAUGCGCCUGGACUGCGAACACUGCCUCGACGAACGCGGCCGCUGCGUUUGGUGCGAAGCAACACGCCAGUGUUUCAGCUUUAGCGUAUACACGAGCGAAUAUCAGUUCGGGUUGUGCCGCGAGUGGCUCGAUCGAGCCUCCUCGCCCACGGAUGACGUCACAAAAAAAUCUGGCCAAUGCAAAUCGUGUCAAUCGCACGUUCAAUGCGCUACCUGCCUGAGAAGUAUGGGAUGCGGUUGGUGUCAUUCCUUUGAAAAUCCCAUUAACGGUGUGUGCACUGAAGGCGACUUUACACGUUCGCACAUCGAUUGUGCCUCUCUUCUUAACGUCACUUCGUCUGAUGCGGGUUGGGCUUACGCGCAGUGUCCAGAUGUGGAUGAAUGUGGACUCGGGCUUCACGACUGCCACGAGAACGCAGUCUGUAAUAACACACAUGGAUCCUACACUUGCAAAUGUAAACAGGGUUAUAUAGGCGACGGUCGAAAAACAUGCAUGCGAACUUGUUAUAACAAUUGUAUUCACGGGUAUUGUCUAGGUGCGCCCCAAUACAAAUGCCACUGCGAUUUGGGAUGGACGGGAGCAGACUGCUCUAUUAACUGCGGAUGCCACAAUCAUUCGACGUGUAAAACCGGCGUGGGGCGAUGCGACGAAUGUCAAGAUUGGACAGAGGGGGAAUUCUGCGAGUCCUGUAAACCUGGAAGCCACGGAAACGCAACGACGGGUCAGGGGUGUCGCCGCUGUGACUGCAACGAUCACGGGGACGAAUCUCGUGGCAUUUGUGACGUAACUACCGGAGAAUGUAUAUGCAAAGACAAUACAGAAGGUCAGAACUGUGAACAUUGUAAACCAAAAUUUUACGGUGAUCCUAGACACGGAGGCAGGUGCUAUUAUCAGUGUGAACCUAGAGGCUUGCUAAAAGCGGACGAGACCGAAGGCAUAGGAUCGCAUAAGACGGACCCCGAUUUAUCGAGUAUAGGACCAACUAAGGAAUGUCUCUGGAUUAUAUCUUCGGAAGACAUAAAAGAUGCAAUAAUACAAUUCACUGUUAAUUCAACAACACUAAACGUGCCGUGCGAUCAAAACGCAGUGUACGUGUAUGACGGAUUAGGAGGUGUGCCCGAUAUGAGUAACAAUCAACAGAGUCAACUAUUAGGAGUGUUUUGUAAUGGCGCGUCGUCGGGUGUCGUCGAAGCUCGGAGUGGUAAUUUAACUAUACACUAUAAACAAAGUCAACCAGACCAAGGUUUUGAAGGGGUUUAUAAGGUGUUAGCGUGCGAUGGACACUGCACGUGGCCACGAGUUUGUAACAAUGGACAUUGUACAUGUCGCGAGGGCUUCGGAGGUUUCGAUUGUAACAUAGAAAUAUGUCGCAACAACUGCAGUAGACAUCUAAACGGUGGUGUUUGUGACAUGAAUUACGGACGAUGCCUGUGCAAUGAAGGUUUCGGGGGUGACGAUUGCUCUUUGAAACUCGAUAAAACUCAACUGGUAUUUACUGAAUUGUUCGAUUCAGAUUUUCUCUCUGAUGGGCUAGAUCAUCUCAGGAAGACGCUGCCUCGUUUUGGUCACAGCUUGGUAGCUGACAGACGAGGCCUGUGGAUGUUCGGCGGAUAUUCCUUAUCACAUGGGCCCUUAAACGAUAUACGAUUUUACGACACGAAAAACAAUACCUGGAUGCAAGUCACAGUGGAAGCCACUCCUGAUGCUAAAAUGCCCGAAGGCCGCUACUUUCACGCAUCGGAAAUUUAUCAUUCAAAGCAGAAUAUUUAUAUUUACGGAGGCUUAAGCUUGCAAGAAAAGAGCGGCCAGAAUAAAACGUUACGCGACUUUUGGCAGUUUAGCUUAAAAGAUCAGAGGUGGAGUCAUAUAAAAAGCAAGGAAGAUCAGCCACCACCUCUCGCCGGACAUACGCUUACUUUACAAAAAUAUCAGGAUUAUGAAAGUUUGGUUCUUAUCGGUGGGUUUUCUUUGGAAGAGGGCUUCAUGUCAGACAUGUUGGAAUUUGAUUUAGAUAACAACAAGUGGAUUAAAAUCAACUGUGAAGGUUCCAAACCAGACGGUAUUAUUGGUCACAGCACCGUUUAUCAUGCGCCAUCUCAGAGUCUAUAUAUUUUUGGGGGAAUACUUUAUAGUUAUAAUGGCACAAUGAUAUCCAAUAAACUUUACUCGUUUCACUAUCCGACGAAAAUGUGGAGCGAACUACCAACGUUCCCGGGGCUCAAUGUUUUUGAAAAUCUGCCUCGACCCACAUUCCUACAUUCUGCGGUCACUACAAACGAGUACAUGAUUGUAUUUGGCGGGAGAACAAUACCAGACAAGAGAUCCAAUUCACUUAUAGCAUAUGUUUACAGCUGUAAUCAAUGGGUUAAACUUUCGAAAGGACCAUCAGUAUUGGAUCAUCCACCACCUCGAACCAUUGCGCACGCGAUGGCGAUAGACUUGGAAUCGGAAAAUGAUUGGAACGUGUACAUCGUCGGCGGCUGGACAGGCAGCGCCAAUUGUCAAGUGACACGUAUAACGUUGCCAGAAGAUCUCUGUUCGCUAUGGAGUUCUAGCAAGCUGGAGUGUCGCAGCCACAUGGGUUGUAGCUUUUGUAGUACAGGCGAAUACACGAAAUGUUAUUCUGUGGAUAAACCCGGAUGCGAGGGCAGCGAUAGGGUCUCCACCAACGCUGGUGCUGCGUGUGACGAUGAAUUGGUAGCGAGGAGGCCCUGUGAUAACCUAACUACUUGUACCACUUGUCUGGCUGCUUGGCCUUUAUACCCAGAGGAAAAACCCGCUUGCAGGUGGUGCGAAACUUGUGCUGCUGGUGUUGGGGAAUGUGUCCCGACUGACGAAUCCUGCACCAGCAUGAAAUGUAACGCUGGGACAACCUACAUCAGUGACGUCAAUCAAUGUCCCGAGUUACGAUGCGUGGCAUCGGAUUGUGAUAAAUGUGUAUCCAGCCAGUGCUCUUGGACCAGAGUUGCUAGUAGAGAAGGUCAAUUAACAAGAAUAGCAAGCGAUCCGACCGAGCUUUACAAUUGGACCUGCAUACAAAACGAAGAACAAGGCAGAACUAGUAUUCGCGCGGUAUCCUCCAAGUUUGGAUACUCUUACUUUGGGUCAAGUAAGGACGAGUGUCCUAGCAGAUGCCAUCUUUACGAAGAUUGUCAGUCUUGCCUUAGUUCUGAUGGCGCAGAGGGGGGAUUUUCGGAAUGUCAUUGGGCCAGCUAUCUGGGGACCUGUAUAUCUCCAGCAUACCAGCCGCUUUAUUGCGCUGGGGGUGUGUGUGGAUUGGUUCUCACAAAGGCGGAUAAAAACAAAUGUCCAGCACCUUGCGGAACCUUCGACCAGUGUUCUGAAUGCUUGCACCAUUCUCAUUGCGGCUGGUGUGCCGUGGAAGGUGCGAACGGGGAAGGGGUCUGUACAGAGGGUUCCAUCGAUUCUCCCUUGGACUAUUCCACUCGAACAACCUGCGCUGCAGUAUAUGCAAACGCCCACGAGUCGAACACGACCAACGAUACGUUCUCCUGGCACUACACUCGGUGUCCACCAGAAAAUGAAUGUGAAAAUAAUCACCAUCAAUGUAAAGCUGAUUCUGAAGUUUGUCGAGAUUUGCCUACUGGUUACGAGUGUCUCUGUGGCGAAGGUCACAAACGCGUCGGAGGUGUGUGCGCGGCUGUUUGCUCGCAAGGGUGCGUGCGUGGUGUGUGCGUGCAGCCAGACGUCUGUCGCUGCGACUUCGGCUAUGUGGGCGCUAACUGUACAAUACAGUGCCAAUGUAACGGACAUUCGCAUUGCGAGGGCCCGGACAAACUCGACAAAUGUAUCGAGUGUCAUAAUAAUACUAUGGGAAGCCAAUGUGAAAAGUGUAAGCCAAACUUCGUAGGAGAUCCAACAGAUAACGGGCAGUGUAUACCUUGCUCUGUAUAUUGCCAUGGACACACAUCGGUCUGUUCUAAUGACGCUGAUAUAUCUCUGACUUCUCGUGAUGUGGGCAGUGCCGACCUGGAGGACUAUUAUCGAGAUGCGAAGGCGCGCUGCGUCCGAUGCGCUAACAAUACGGACGGACCCCGUUGCGAACGAUGCAUCGAAGGAUAUUUCAGAGGCUCUGAAGAUUUCAGAGAUGCUUGUCGCCCAUGCGAGUGUCACGGCCACGGAGAUACUUGCGACCCCGUGACGGGCGAAAAGUGCAACUGCGGUAACAACACCGAGAGCGACGCGUCCUGUCAGACUUCGAGCUCCAGCAAAAACUCUGCACAGGAAUGCUGGCGCUACCAGUGCGUCAAGUGCAAGGAUCUAUACAUGGGUGACCCACGAAACGGCCACCAGUGCUAUAAGACUAUCAAUAUUGAGAAUAAAAUCUGCUUCGAUGGUAAAUCUAUUGAUGAGUGCAAAAUCAAACCGCGGCCCCUAUUUCCCGGACAGACUGUAUUUGUCGCAGUUAACCCUCGUUACAUGAAUGUGGAUAUACGAGUCAUUGUUGAUGUCACGCAAGGCGCUGUAGACCUGUACAUGAGUCCAAAUGACAGCUCUUACGUCGUCUCUGUCAAUUCGUCAACCGGCGCACACGCAGUCGAGCUAGAUCCUAGUUAUUACAAACAUGAACCAUUCCGUAAAAUGCCCUCUUUCGACGAUCACAUUCCAAAGAAAUCCAGAGUUACUUGGUACUACGAUAAAAUAGAAUACGCUCUGGCCGAUUAUACUGCUAAAGAUCUGGCGACCUACGUGACCGUAGACAAGAGAAAUGUCUUGUUGCGAGUGAGGAAUCUUCGCAACAGACUGGUGCUAACCCUGCCACAGAACGUCCACGACUUGACUCACACAAAAUUUUACAUAAUUGUUCGAGCGAGGAAUACGGACGAAGGUUCAACUACCUUCGGUAUUGCGUUCUUCAGACAAGACCAAUUACAUAUCGAUCUAUUUGUGUUCUUCUCUGUUUUCUUUUCCUGUUUCUUUUUGUUUUUGGCUGCGUGUGUGGUCGCGUGGAAAGCGAAGCAGGCUGCUGACGUACGAAGGGCUAGAAGACGGCACGUCGUUGAGAUGCUACACAUGGCUAAGCGUCCUUUCGCCGGCGUCGUAGUAUUGGUCUCGGGGGGUGGGCGGCGUCGUGGCGAGGUGCAACCAGUUGCUAUAGAACCAACUGCGGACGGGCGAGCAGCGGUCACCUCUGUGCUAGUGAGGUUACCAGGUGGUUCGCGAGCCCCAGUCCGUAUGGCGUUGGCGUCUGCUUUGGUGUUGGUUACUCGUGCGCCAGCACUGAGACAACGACCUCGCCGACCGCUGACUUAG